CCGGAGAACUUGCCUGGAACUCCCUACUUACUUACUUCUAAGUUCUAGCUUGCACUCCUUACCUGUGACACACCAGCCAUGGCCGAUACUAUCUCUCAUCCAACGCCAGAACCAGAAACAGAGCACCCCCACCUCCACGGCUCAGACGAUGCGUCAGACCAAGAGGCUCGCGUCCAGAGAUGCCUGCGCGACGCGGAUGAGCUGAAACAAGAGGGAAACGGGCACUUCCGCGCAAGACGGUGGAACGAGGCGUUGGCAGCAUACAGGUCGGGCCUCGGACGGCUGCCGAAAAGGCGACUACUAGAGACGGAGAAGGGGAAGGAGAGGGAAAUGGCAGACGCAGAUGAUGAUGAUUUAGAUGAGGUUGCAGAGUCGGAGGACUCGGAGGCGAAGGGGAAAGGCAAGGAGAAGGCGGAGGUGGUGGAAGAGGAGCUUGCGCAGACACCAUCUGUUGAGUCUGAGCUGGAGUGUGCGCGCGCGAGGGCGGUCAUGAACGCGAAUAUUGGAGCGUGCUACGUGAAGCUUGAAGAAUGGAAGGAGGCCGUGUCUGCGUGCUCGGAAGCCCUCAAGGAUGAUCCUAACUAUAUCAAGGCUCUGCAGCGACGAGCGUCGGCGAACGAAAGAUUGGCAGCUGAUUACAAUACCCUCCUCACGGUCCUUCCGUCUGACGCGCCCCAAAGUGCUGACAUCAAACGAUCUCUCGCGUCACUGGCCCCUCGAAUAGAGGCGGCGCAGAAAGCAGAGACGGCUGAGAUGCUCGACAAGCUGAAAGGGAUGGGAAACAGCAUCCUAGGGCGGUUCGGUCUGUCGACGGAUAACUUCCAGUUCACUCCCAAUGGGGAGGGCGGAUAUUCGAUGAACUUCGCCAGGUGA